GCAUAGUAGUGACGUGAAUUCUCGACGCGCCGGUAUCAGAUAAUUAUUUUGGAAAUAUUUUAAUCGCCGGUUCUUAGUGGAAGUGACGAUGCCACGACCUUCCCGUGAAUCGUAUGGUGAUCAAAAACCACCGUAUUCGUAUAUAUCACUAACAGCAAUGGCCAUAUGGAGUUCACCAGAGCGAAUGCUGCCGCUGUCCGAGAUAUACCGCUUCAUAAUGGACCGAUUCCCCUAUUAUCGAAGAAACACACAGAGAUGGCAGAAUUCGCUGCGACAUAAUCUAUCUUUCAACGAUUGCUUCGUGAAGGUGCCGCGGCGGCCUGACAGGCCCGGCAAAGGCGCCUAUUGGACACUACAUCCGCAAGCAUUUGAUAUGUUUGAGAAUGGUUCAUUACUGCGCCGUCGCAAGAGGUUUAAGUUACAGAAAGGUGAAAAGGAUAAUUUGAACGCAGAACUAGCAGCACUGGCUUCUUUUAACCGUGCAUUUUUGGCUCGCCAGGCUAAUGCAGGCCCCUCACCGACGGCUUUACCCACCGCGGGUUUGUAUACACCACCAAUGUGUUCACAAAUGAGUCCUGAACCAGCUGAACUAGCGGAGGUUACUGCGGUCACAGUUCUCCCCAGAGAGAGACCGCGACGAGCGUUCACAAUAGAAGCUUUACUGGAACCAGAGCCGCCUCGAUCAUCUCCUUCUCCACCUCAACCGUUUUCAAUGCCAGUGCAUAUGGCCUUACCGAGAAUUGACUUAUCAAUUCCAUCGCCGUAUAUGUUAGCGGCGCAUCGGUAUCAGGCAGAGCUCUUGCAGGCAGCUGCUCAUGCUUUGCGGCCGUGUUACCUUCCACCACCAGUGCUUCCAGUCGCGUGACAUCAGAGGGACAUUGUGAACUGUUACAACAUGUGCAAUUCUAGGUUGUAAGUAGAGCAUUAGGUAUAUAGACAUCGAAAUUAUAAAGUCAUUUAUAACGUUAUAUGUAGCGUAGAUAUACUAUUACUCUUAAUAUUACCAUGUAUUCAGUUUGAAAUGUUACUUAUCUAAUUUUUACAGUUUUAUUCGCAUUCUUUGACGCGUCGGGAGGCCUAUUUAAAUAACCCAUUCACCUCAAAUUCAGAUAAAUUAGUGAUCUCAAUAAAUCUUAAAUAGUUGAUCAGCUAGUGUUAUAUAUUUAAUUUAUUAAGUAAAUGUAAAUAAUUUUAUGUAAGAUGGAAUUACGCCAAUGUUUUAAA